AAUUGGGAGUGAGAGGCAUGCUUCCUUAGACCAGGCAACAUUUCAUUUGUUGCAUUUCCAGUUUCCAAUACCAACUCACCUACAAAGAUUUUACCAAAAACCUUAGGACCAAUCAGUGUGAAUGUUGGACCCCAAAUGAUUAUAAGCACACCACAGAGACUAACCAGUUCAGGAAGUGUUCUGAUUGGGAGUCCAUAUACCCCUGCACCAGCAAUGGUUACUCAGACACACAUAGCAGAAGCUACUGGCUGGGUCCCUAGUGAUAGAAAACGGGCUAGAGAAUUUAUAGACUCUGAUUUUUCAGAAAGUAAACGGAGCGAAAAAGGAGAUAAAAAUGGGAAAGGCUUGAGACACUUUUCAAUGAAAGUGUGUGAGAAAGUUCAACGAAAAGGUACAACAUCAUACAAUGAAGUCGCUGAUGAGCUGGUGUCCGAGUUCACCAAUUCAAAUAACCAUGUGGCAGCUGAUUCGCAGGCUUAUGAUCAGAAGAACAUUAGGCGAAGAGUUUAUGAUGCUUUAAAUGUACUAAUGGCAAUGAACAUAAUUUCAAAGGAAAAAAAAGAAAUCAAGUGGAUUGGCCUACCUACCAAUUCUGCUCAGGAAUGUCAGAAUCUGGAGAUAGAAAAGCAGAGGCGGAUAGAACGGAUAAAGCAGAAGCGGGCCCAGCUGCAAGAACUUCUCCUACAGCAAAUUGCUUUCAAAAACCUGGUACAGAGAAAUCGACAAAAUGAACAGCAAAAUCAGGGCCCUCCAGCUCUGAACUCUACCAUUCAGCUGCCAUUUAUAAUUAUCAAUACAAGCAGAAAAACAGUCAUAGAUUGCAGCAUCUCCAGUGACAAGUUUGAGUAUCUUUUCAAUUUUGACAACACCUUUGAGAUCCACGAUGACAUAGAAGUACUAAAGCGGAUGGGAAUGUCAUUUGGUUUGGAGUCAGGCAAAUGCUCUCUGGAGGAUCUGAAACUUGCGAAAUCUCUGGUGCCAAAGGCUUUAGAAGGUUAUAUCACAGAUAUCUCCACAGGACCUUCUUGGUUAAAUCAGGGACUACUUCUGAACUCUACCCAAUCAGGUUCAAAUUUAGACCUGACCACUGGUGCCACCUUACCCCAGUCAAGUGUAAACCAAGGGUUAUGCUUGGAUGCAGAAGUGGCCUUAGCAACUGGGCAGUUCCUGGCCCCAAACAGUCACCAGUCCAGCAGUGCAGCCUCUCACUACUCCGAGUCCCGAGGCGCGACCCCCUGUUCAUUCAAUGAUGAAGAUGAGGAAGAUGACGAGGAGGAUUCCUCCUCCCCAGAAUAAAGACAAGAGAAAGCCUA